AGUACAACUACAUGUAUUGUUGAGCUGCAAACUAAAUAUUUGCCGGCAAAUUUAGAACCGUCGUUUUGGAUUGUUGAAAGUGAUCGUUUGGCUAAUUGGACAAAAUGCCAGAAGAAGUAGAAAUAACUGCAGAAGAUUUAAAACGACGCAACCUACCCUGGAUUGAAAAAUAUCGCCCCACAAAAUUUGAGGAGAUUGUUGGAAAUGAGGAUACAAUUGCCCGCCUUUCAGUUUUUGCAACGCAAGGAAAUGCGCCAAAUAUUAUAAUAGCAGGCCCUCCUGGUGUGGGUAAAACGACAACAAUCCAGUGUUUGGCACGUAUUUUGCUCGGAGACAGUUAUAAAGAAGCCGUACUCGAGCUAAAUGCUUCAAAUGAACGUGGCAUUGACGUAGUUCGUAACAAAAUAAAAAUGUUUGCCCAACAAAAAGUGACAUUACCAAGAGGCAGGCAUAAAAUUGUUAUAUUAGAUGAAGCUGAUAGCAUGACUGAAGGAGCUCAACAAGCACUUCGUCGAACGAUGGAGAUUUAUAGUAAUACAACACGAUUUGCUCUUGCAUGCAACACCAGCGAGAAAAUUAUUGAACCAAUACAAUCUCGUUGUGCAAUGUUGCGUUUUACAAGACUGUCAGAUGGGCAAAUACUUGCUAAGUUAAUUGAGAUAUGUCAACGAGAAGAGCUCUCCUAUGAAGAGGACGGAUUGGAAGCAAUCGUUUUUACUGCGCAAGGUGAUAUGAGGCAGGCGUUAAAUAAUUUACAAUCGACAGCACAAGGUUUCGGAACGAUUACGGGCGCAAACGUAUUCAAAGUUUGUGACGAACCGCAUCCCAUGCUUUUACAGGACAUGCUGCAACAUUGUGCACAAAACGAUAUACAUAAAGCGUACAAAAUCCUCACAAAAUUGUGGAGACUUGGUUAUGCUUGUGAAGAUAUAAUUGGGAAUAUAUUCCGAGUAUGCAAGCGUCUCAACAUUGAUGAAAAUACUAAACUAAAAUUCAUUAAAGAAAUAGGAAUCACCCACAUGAAAGUUGUAGACGGAUUGAACUCUUUGCUUCAACUGACAAGUCUUUUAGCCAAAUUAUGCGACAUUGCUGACACUCAUUAACCGAACUUAUAAUAGGGAUUGUUCUAGAGUUCGCUAGUGGCUAAUUUCAGACACACUUUGCCAAAUAAAUAAAAAUGAUGUGUUUUAAUUUCUAUUAAAUGAUUAAUGAAAUAAAAUUAUAAUAAUCACGAAUUCAUUUUCUUCUCAAAGAAUUUCGAAAUCGAAUAGCUUUACCCAUGCUAAGAUCUCACUUGUACAUUUUAUGGCAACCCACAAGUUUCUGGUCUGGGAGCAAAAAAAAUACGUGUUUCGGCGACUGAGUAGCUGCUUCAGCAUUUAUUACUAAUUAACGAAUAAAUAUUCCGACGUCACAUUUUGGGGGCUUUUGUAAAAUAACCAAGGUUUCCAAAAUUUUGUGCGCCUUUUGUUAGCUUCACAAAUCGAGAUGAUUAUUCUCUCCAUUUCAGGAAAAUUCUAAUAAAUGGUCAUUUAUAGCAGUGUGUUUGGCAAAACGAAUUUUAAGUAAACUGAAAGUACAUUUUGA